UGGGGAGAGUUAAAGAGAGAGAGAAAGAAGAGAAGAGAAGAGAAAAAAGGAAAAGGAAAGGGGGGGCUUUCGGCGGAAGAAAUACACCGCUCGUCAAUCGAUUGAUGCGCCUGCUUUCGUUGUAUAUACAUUUUAUUUUUUUCAAAUUUCAGUAAUGUCCACCCCGGCGAGGAGACGCCUUAUGAGGGAUUUUAAAAGACUUCAAGAGGACCCUCCCACCGGUGUGAGCGGAGCGCCUUCGGAGAACAAUAUCAUGCUAUGGAACGCUGUUAUUUUUGGGCCCGUCGGCACGCCAUUUGAAGAUGGAACAUUUAAGCUUCUGAUUGAGUUCUCAGAGGAGUAUCCAAACAAGCCUCCCACGGUUCGCUUUGUAUCCAGAAUGUUUCACCCCAAUGUGUACGCAGAUGGCAGUAUAUGUUUAGACAUCCUCCAGAACCGCUGGAGCCCCACAUAUGACGUGUCGUCCAUACUCACAUCCAUCCAGUCUUUGCUAGAUGAGCCCAACCCCAAUAGCCCGGCAAACAGCCAAGCGGCGCAGCUUUACCAGGAGAACAAGCGCGAGUACGAGAAACGAGUGACAGCCAUUGUGGAGCAGAGCUGGGUGGACGUGUGAGACCCCAACCAAGCACCCCCCUCCGCUUCCUCUCACUCACACUCAUUUUACCUCGUGUGUGUGUGUGCGUGUGUGUGCAUUCGCGUGCAUUUGGAGAUGCGCAUAUCACAAGAACUCAAGUGCCGCCCUGCAAAAAAAAAAAAAAAAUCUUAAACUACGGACGUUAUAUCAAGGGAGUGAGGCGGAACCAUGUUUUAUUUUUUCCUUUUUUUAAAAUGCAUGUUGUGAAAUAAGUUAUUGCUAACAGAACUUGUAAUAUAUCUUUGUUUUUUGAUCGAUACGCUGAGUGUGCUGCUGCUUGGUUUGUUUGGAAAUGGCAGUUUUAUGACCAAAAGCUUUCAUUUUUUUGUAUUCCGCACACCAAUGGGUUGUUUCAAAAAAGCCUUUUGAUUGGAUAUCAUCUUUCUUUUUUGAAUCUCUAAAGAACAAUCUGUGAUUUUAAGAUGAAUCUUACGAUGAUGGAGGUUUUUCCCGCCCCGGGGUAGAAGAAGAAGCGCCUUCAAAGGACAAAGCGCGGUGAGUCAGGUUAAGUUUGUAUUCUGGGUGGAAUUUUUCUUCUCGGAUGCAAAAGAACUGAAAGACUUGCCGGAAAUCCUAAAAAAGCAGUCACUUACUCACUGUAUCCAAAUGAAAAAGGCUGGGAAAUUGCGAGGGGAAAAAAAAAAAAAA